UCCGUAGUUACUGAGGUGGCUCGGAGUGAGGCCGAUGGCGGGGAUUUUGUUGCACGGUCCGCCAGGUUGUGGAAAGACGAAGCUUGCUCAUGCCAUUGCUAAUGAGACUGGUGUUCCAUUCUUUAAGAAAUUGGUCUCUGGUGUUUCAGGUGCAUCGGAAGAAAACAUUCGGGAUCUUUUUAUGAAAGCAGAUAGAACAGCACCAUCUAUUGUAUUCAUUGACGAGAUUGCUGCAAUUGCUUCAAAACGAGAGAAUCUACAGAGGGAGAUGGAGAGAAGGAUUGUGACACAGUUGAUGACUUGCAUGGAUGAAUCACACAGGCUUGUACAACCGGCCGAUGCAAACACAAAUGCAGAAAGUUCUGAUUGCAGACCAGGCUAUGUUCUUGUGAUUGGAGCUACCAAUAGGCCUGAUGCGGUUGAUCCUGCAUUAAGGAGGCUUGGACGAUUUGAUCGUGAGAUUUUUUUAGGUGUUCCAGAUGAAAAUGCAAGGGUUGAGAUUCUUUUUGCUCUGACACGCAAUCUUAGACUUGAGGGUGCUUUUGAUCUUGUGAAAAUAGUCAGGUCCACGCCAGGGUUUGUUGGGGCUGACUUGGCGGCUCUAACUAACAAGGCUGGUAACCUUGCUAUAAAGAGAAUUAUUGACAGAAGAAAGUCUGAUCUAUCUGGAGAACCUACAGAUGUGGAUCAUACUGAAGACUGGUGGAGGCAUCCAUGGCUGCUUGAAGAGAUGGAAAAUCUUAGCAUCACUAUGGCUGAUUUUGAGGAAGCAGCUAAAAUGGUUCAACCCUCUACAAGAAGAGAAGGAUUUUUUGCCAUUCCUAAUGUAAAAUGGGAAGAUGUCAGAGGGCUCCAUUUGUUAAGGAAGGAGUUUGACCGUUACAUAGUUUGGCGUAUAAAAUAUCCCGAGGAUUAUGAGGGAUUCAGGGUAGAUCUAGAGACAGGAUUUUUGCUUUAUGGACCUCCAGGCUGUGGGAAAACAUUGAUUGCUAAGGCUGUUGCCAAUGAGGCUGGAGCCAAUUUCAUUCAUAUCAAGGGCCCUAAACUGCUGAACAAAUAUGUUGGUGAAAGCGAGUUGGCUGUUAGGACAAUAUUCAGCCGAGCAAGAACAUGUGCCCCGUGCAUACUUUUCUUUGAUGAGGGAAGAACGGCAAUUCCAUACUCCUGUCAAUGCAGAAAGGACAGAGCCAUUCACAUCACAAGCCCUUCAUCUACUGAUAAAGCUAGACGGUGCAGAUCAGCGACGUGGUGUUUACGUCAUUGGUGCCACAAACAUGUGAUCUCAGUUCUUUUUCUUAAAGUUUGCUCUGAUAGCAAAAUACUAUUGUCUUUUGUCUACCAAGUCAUCAUAUCUGAUCUUGCCAAAAUGCAUACCAGACCUGAAGUGAUGGACCGUGCUGUGUUACGGCCUGGAAGGUUUGGCAAACUCCUUUAUGUCCCUCUGCCCAGUCCAGAUGAACGUGGGUUGAUCUUAAAAGCUCUUGCUAGGAAGAAGCCUAUAGAUGCUAGUGUGGAUUUAAUUACUAUCGGGAGUGAUGAAGCUUGCGAAAACCUUAGCGGAGCUGAUCUUUCUGCACUAAUGAAUGAAGCAGCCAUGGCUGCACUCGAAGAGAAACUGACGCCCCAAAGCAGUUCAGAUGCUGAUCAUUCGAUUUCAUUGACUAUCAAGAAAACACAUUUUGAGCAGGCACUGAAAAAAAUCUCUUCAUCAGUCUCAGACAAGCAAAAACGUUACUACCAUCGUUUGUCAGAAAGCUUCAGAGCGGCAUGAGAGUAGACGGGAUGGGAGGAUUCCAAUUGUUUGGAUCUGAUUUCAUUGUCGUUGUAGAUGCCAUCAUUCAUUUCAAGUUGGUGGAUACUCUUUCAACCUGUGGUAUCUGAGAGGGAAGACAGCAACCCAACUCGGGAAAAACAGGGUUCCUUAACCAUGAUCAAUUGCAAUCGCCUAGUAUUAACUAAAGUUGUGUUGUGGUUUUGAAUUUGUAGAAGGGAAAUAAAUUAGAAAAAAAUGAAAUAGAAGUUGAGAUUUUUUUGGUUAUUUUCUCUUCAAGAUUUCAAAUCCCCCCCCCCCCCCCCCCCAAGGGAUAUUAGAAGCUUUAAGCGUAAUUUAAACUAACGCUGGGUUUGUCAAAUAUCAUUUUUUUUAUUUUUAAGGAUAGCUAGUGGUAAAUCAUUUAUUUAUUAUGUUAAAGAUUCACAUUUUUAGAUCUAUAAAUUCACUUA